AUCCUUCCCUUUUUGCGCCUUCACCGUCACACCAUGCUCGGAUGGCGACCCAGUGCUGGUCCUGCUCUGCGCUGCCUCAAGACGCAAUGUAUACGCCUCACCUCAACCGAGGCUGCUCCUAACGCUGUCCCUGAUUUGAGCACUAGGCUUCUAGACAGAAUAGGCGGAGGUAGGCAAAAGAGAAUAGUUGAAGACCUUGACGGUAUCAAAAUUCCAUCUAGUACAGAGAUACAGAUGUACUCGGGACCGUUAUCUGGUCGUCUUAUGAAAAUCCAUGCACAAAAGCCAGCUGCUCCUCCUGCAACCGUUGAUGUUCCUUCCAAUGACGCCGUCACUCCUCCCCCUGCCUCUUUGGCCUCUUCUGCAUCCUCUUCUCCAAGCGAGACUCCAUCUGCCCCUACUUCUCUGCCGGGGGAGCGGUUCAAAGAUCACUACAAGAGUGUGGAUCUGGAUACUUUGGCUGGCACGUCCACCACAGCUGUCCACAUACCAACUCCUCAAGAGACUGCUCGUGUCAAUACACACAAAAAAUAUGUCGCCGGUGUCAACUUCGAUGCCUUGUUUGAGCAGCAGCAGACAUCACAGUAUCGUCGUAACAAGGAGCCGCGUCAGCAGAAGAAAGACGGAAGUGGCCAGGAGAAAGAUGAGAAACAGCUCUCCAAGACCAAUGCUCGCCCAGUAAGGGCACAAAGGGGAAAUGCGCCAUCCAGGAAUUCGCGGCCCCAGAGAAAUAACAAGCCUCGACGACCCCGCACUGACCCCGGGAGAAGGCAAAAUAAUGGUCUUGAGAUCGUAUUAUCAGGGGAUGCUGAGAUAGAUACUCACGUCAAAAGAGUGCUGGAAUCUGAAGAGAAAGCUAUUCCUGACCGAGAAGCAAACGUAUCCUUUUCGUAUCUCCCUCAACUUCGCGGUCCUGCAGUCGACUUCGCUCUACCACAAGCAGAGGUGCUCAUCGGAGAAAGAAAGGGACCAGGUAUGGAGGAUGAGACGAAGAGUGUAGCUCGUCCUCAGGUUCAACUAGGAAGCUUGUUUGGACGAUCCCAUCACCGUCUCAAGAGCAACUACAAAUAUAGAUUGCCAGAUGACAAAGUGUGGGCUACACCAGUCACGCAGCUUCCUACGGUUACGCAUGCGCAGAUGGUCUCGGGGCGCCAAAACACAAUUCGCUUGGAUGGUCAAAAGGAGUUAUUGGAAGUCGUGAAGUCGCUAUAAUAGACCAGUAAACGGUCCUCGACAGUAGAAAUAUGACGAAUAAAUUACUCGACUUAAAUAAAUUUAGUUACAAGUUAUCGAUAAUAAGUAAGGCCGGUGUCGUCGAUACG